AUGGAGAACCCAAACAAUGGGGUCCCAGGUGGCCCCAGAGGCCCCAAUGACCCCAACAGCAGCCCCGCCUGGUUCGGCCGCGACGAACUGGCCAACGCUGCGCCUCCCGCAAACGAGGAGAGGCGAAACCGAGCAUUCAGACACCGAUACGAGGACCCCGUGGUCCACGCACAGGUCCAGCGCCUUUUCCCCUUCUACAACCCUCCUCUCUACGUGCGCAUGCGUGGCUACAGCCGCGAGCGGUCCCUUGCCACCGCAGAGGGCGUGGCCGGGUCCUUUGUCGGGCCCCUCGGCCGCCACUUCACCGACACGGAGAUGCGGGCCUUUACCGAACACCUCUUGUCCAGCAUCAACACCGGCCUAGCCUACAGAUGGGGAAUCACCGGCUUGGCGGCUUUGCUGACGUUCCGGGGUCGCAAAACCUUUCGGUUUCCCUUCUUCAAGCCCCGGACGGGCGGCGCGCUCGACCCCUUUACCGGCGGUGCGCAGGUCCGGGCCAUGUGGCACCUGGCGCGCUUCGGCGCAUACUAUACGGCGUGCCUCUUGACCCUAACUCCAAUCGCCGAGGCCUACAACAGCAUGAGUUGGCUUGCCUCGAUGAAAAAGGAUCCUCGACUGGCUGAUGUAAUGCGCGAGAGCGCGGCCAAGGGGUCCCAUAUAUUCGGCAACAAUGCUGCUACCCCCCAACCUGCCAAUCCCACCGACGAGCAAGCACCAUCAUGGCCUUCCCAGCGGUCGCCUGGUGGCACCACAGAUCAGUCUUCGUAUGGGACAGAGAACAAUGUGUCUGCCCAGGCCCAAGCUGCGUGGAGCGCACCCCGUCAAGCACAGCCGCCACAGGAAGCAGCUCCUCCCGAACGAAGUGACAAAUGGGACACGUUUUCGGAUGACCUCGAUGACGCUUCGCCAGUCGCCCCAUCCAUGCGCGCCAGCCCAGACGACUCCCAAGGCGGCAUCUCUGCUUGGGACCGCAUCCGGCAGCAGUCCCAACAACCGCAGUCUAAGCAAAAUCCCCAGCGGCCUCAACAGUCCUGGCAGGCCCCUCAAGGAAUGGGAGCGGGUGACGACAAUGCCAGCCCGCAGUCCCGCGGACUCCGGGACAGCUACUCCUUCUCGAGCGCCGACGAAGAAAAGGCUGUGGCAAAGGGCCAGGCGCAGAAAGAGUUCGACGAGAUGCUUGACAGGGAACGGCGUGGUGUGGAACACGAACAAAGGCCAUGGGGGAGGAAAUAG